AUUCAACCGGAAAUUUGGGCCAGUUUUUUUGCAUUUCAGAACUCCUCAAAAGCUCAUUAACGACUUUAUUAGAAAGCCAUUGAUGCAUUCGCUGAUGAAAUUCUGUUAAAAGUUGCUGAAAGUCUAAAGUCGUACAGGCAGGCCGAUCAAGAUGAAAAGUUGUUCAUCUUUGUUUCUCGCCGUGGUGCUGGCUCUCCUGCUGGUCGGAGUUGCAGUCGGGCAAGAAGAUCAACCUGACAGGGCUGGCGAUGACGGUAACGAGAGGGAUGUGCGCCAAUUCUACGGCUUUAAGAUUGGAGGGAGAAGCUACGGGUUUAACAAGGGGGGAGCCUCUUCCGGAGGCUACAACAAGGGCGAGGAGGAGAACGACGACAAAGGAAGGUGCAGUUGUACGAGCGAGAUUUCGGAAUUGCGGUCAGAGCUGCAGAAGCUCCGCAGAGAGUUUGUAGAAUUUAAGAAAAGCGAUUUCAAAGGUCCUCCAGGCCCACGGGGAAUUCCUGGAAUCCCCGGAGAACGAGGACCCAGCGGGCCGGUUGGACCACCGGGUAAAAAUGGAUAUCCAGGUAAAGACGGUCCCAUUGGUCCUAUUGGACCUCCUGGUCAACCAGGACCACCAGGAGCCAGCGCUAAUGAAGGUUACUACGACAAGGAGACCGGAAGUAUUGAUUCUGGAGGUGGAGCUUAUAAGGGACGCCGGGCCAGAGAACAUCCUGGCGAUGAGGAUAUGUUUCCAUAUCAAAUGUAAUACUACCACCACCAUGAUUGCAUCCGUUUUUAUCAUAAUUGGCAAAAUUUGUUGAAUAAAUCAUUCUUUAAAAAAUGUUA